AUGGCCAAAGACACGGUCGACAUUCUCAUCGACUCCCUCAAGGCCGCCGGCGUCAAAUACGUCUUUGGCGUCCCCGGCGCCAAAAUCGACUCCGUCUUCAACGCCCUCAUCGACCACCCAGACAUCAAGCUCGUCGUCUGCCGGCACGAGCAGAAUGCCGCCUUCAUUGCCGCCGCCAUGGGCAAGGUCACGGGCCUCCCCGGCGUUUGCAUUGCCACGUCCGGCCCGGGCACCAGCAACCUCGUCACCGGCCUGGUCACUGCGACGGAUGAGGGAGCUCCCGUAGUGGCCAUUGUGGGAAGCGUCAAGCGGUCUCAGUCACUGCAGAGGACGCAUCAGAGCCUGCGCGGUGUAGAUCUGCUGGCCCCCGUCACGAAAAAGGUCGUUUCGGCCGUGGUCGAGGACCAGGUUGCCGAGAUCAUGCUGGAUGCCUUUAGAGUCGCGGCGGCUUCUCCUCCUGGGGCUACGGCUGUGAGCCUGCCCAUUGACUUGAUGACUCCGAACAAGAGCACAUCCACAGUCACGGCGUUUCCAGCAGAAUCCUUCGUUCCUCCAAAAUACGGCAAAUCCCCAGAGACAACCCUCCAAGCAGCCGCGGACCUGAUUUCUGCAGCCAAAGCCCCCGUCUUGUUUCUCGGCAUGCGGGUUUCUGAGUCGGACGACACCAUCAGUGCUGUCCACGGCUUUCUCAGAAAACACCCCGUGCCGGUUGUCGAGACGUUUCAAGCUGCUGGAGCCAUCUCCAAGGAGCUCGUCCACCUCUUUUACGGCCGAAUCGGUCUAUUCAGCAACCAGCCAGGCGAUCAACUGCUUCAACAUGCCGAUCUAAUCAUCACCGUCGGAUUAGAUCAAGCCGAAUACGAUGCAAACAUGUGGAACGCGCGUGAUACUACAAUCCUGCAUGUGGACGUCCAGCCAGCCGACUUUGUAGCUCACUACAAGCCCAAGAUUGAGCUCGUCGGGUCCUUGGCCGACAACAUCACAGACCUCACGAGCAGACUGGACACAGUAGCUCGUCUCCAGCUCACCGAAGCAGGAGAAACCAUCCGGACAAACAUGUCGGAAUGGCAAAACAGCCCCGAAGCAUCAGGACGAUCCACCGGCCCCGUCCAUCCGCUGCACUUCAUCCGCCUCUUCCAGAGCAUCAUCGACCCCUCCACAACAGUCAUAUCCGACGUCGGCAGCGUCUACAUCUGGCUCUGCCGCUACUUUUACUCCUACGCGCGCAGGACCUUUCUUAUGUCCAACGUCCAGCAGACACUGGGCGUAGCCAUGCCGUGGGCCAUUGGCGUCUCCCUCAGCCAGACGCCCCCGUCUUCCAAAAAGGUCGUCAGCAUCAGCGGCGACGGCGGCUUCAUGUUCAGCAGCCAGGAGCUGGUCACGGCCGUGCAGCAGGGCUGCAACAUCACGCACUUUAUCUGGAACGACGGCAAGUACAACAUGGUGGAGUUUCAGGAAGUGAACAAGUACGGCCGCAGCUCCGGCGUCGAUCUCGGCGGUGUCGAUUUCGUCAAGCUUGCUGAGUCGAUGGGCGCAAAGGGGCUGCGGGUGAGCAGUGCGGGCGACUUGGAGGCUGUCAUGAAGGAGGCCUUGGCUUAUGACGGUGUUUGCCUUGUGGAUGUGGAGAUUGAUUACAGUCAGAAUCACAAUCUGAUGAUGGAUCUGGUCACCUCGGAUGUGUCAUGA